AUGAUACGAAAAUUACUGCAGGGCAUAAGACGAGCACUGGCACACCCGGGCGCCUUCGACGUGGACUGCGGCGCAGAAAGCGGUCGUACGCCAUCCAGCCAGCAAGGAAACGGCGUCUGCCGUGCGAUGAAGCCGGACUUGUAUUAUCAGUACAGUCCUGGACGGGAAACCUACUCGAGAAAAGUAUUCGUUGGCGGCCUGCCGGUCGAUAUUGACGAAGACGAACUGACCGCAAAAUUCAGUCGUUUCGGGCCAUUGGUGGUCGACUGGCCGAACAAAUGUGAAAAUAAAAGCUAUUUCCCGCCCAAAGGUUUGCAAGUUAUAGCAAUAAUUGUACCCACAAUGACUGCACAACACUGCAUCUACUAA